AUGAUCAAGGCCACCUUCGUCCUCGCUUUCUUCGCCAUCAUCGCCGUGGCCUCGGCCGCGCCGGUGGCCGACAUCGCCCUCGACACCGAUGAGGCCGGCGUCAUGGUCAACUCCGCCACCAACCCCUGCGAGCGGGACCUCAAGGAGUUCGCUCGCCUCAUCAGCGACGAGAACACCCGUUGCACGCACUCGGCCCUCGAUGCCGCGGCCUACGUCGGCAUGUGCACCGUGGCCGCCGUCAACAAGUUCGACGGGAAGACCGUCAACACCGCCACUGCCUUCGAGGACUGCUCCCAUGUCCUGGUCAACCACCAGGCCUGGUGCGCCAGGCACGAGCCGGACUCCAACGCCGCCAAGGCCGACCUCUCCAACUACAGCUGCCCCACGCGCUACCAGACCACCUCCGGCAACACCAAGUUCCCGAAGAAGGGCUGCGACAACAUCGCCCUCGACAAGCUCCGCGCCCGCUUCACCAAGUCCUGCGGCAGCGGCAGCUUCGCCGGCGCCACCCUGGACGCCCUGUGCAACAACAAGAAGUGCAUUUCCGCCAUCGAGAGCCUCCACGAGUGCAGCAUGGACCGCUUCGCCUCGGCCCACAGCGUGUGCGCCCUCCUGGAGAACACCUACUCCUUCAGUGUCUUCUGCCCGGAGGACACCCGCGGCUACAAGGCCUUCGCCGAGCUCGACUGCGAGGUCAAGAACGCCUGGGAGAGCGACAAGGACUUCAAGCGCGUCCGCGAGCCCCCCGCCGCAUCCGGCUCCGCCUCCUCCGGCUCCGCCUCCUCCGGCUCCGCCUAA